AUGGAUGAAAAACAUAAAUCUUUCAGAAAACAAACCACCGGUGUUAAAGCAGAACGAAGAAAAAAAAAGAAAAAAGAAGGUGACAAUGAUCAACAAAAUACGUCAGCCGCAUCGACAUUAGAAGAGGCUAAACGCCGAAAUCCAAAAGCUUUUAGUAUACAAAAUCCAAUUAAAGCUCAACAAGAAUUUAAACGAACGCAAGAUAUCAAAGAAAAACGGAUUCAUUUACCGGAAGUUGAUCGAAGCCCACUUGAACCACCACCAGUUGUUGUUGCUCUUAUUGGACCAGCGAAAGUUGGCAAAAGUUUAUUAAUGAAAUGCUUAAUUAAACAUUUUACAAGGCAAAAAUUAACUGAUAUUCGUGGGCCAGUUACUAUUGUUUCAGGGAGAAAGCGUCGUAUAACAUUUAUUGAAUGUCGUAAUGAUAUUAAUUCAAUGAUUGAUGUAGCUAAAAUAGCUGAUCUAGUUUUACUUUUGAUUGAUGCUAAAUUUGGUUUUGAAAUGGAAACAUUCGAGUUUUUAAAUAUUGCUCAAGUCUAUGGCUUGCCACGUAUUAUGGGUGUAUUGACGCAUAUGGAUCUGUAUAAAACAAUGAAUAAACAAUUAAAUAAAAGAAAAACUCAAUUAAAACAUCGAUUUUGGACAGAAAUUUAUCAAGGUGCAAAAUUAUUUCUCAUGUCUGGCAUGAAAAAUGGUGAAUAUAUUCAACGGGAUGUUCAAAAUCUUGCAAGAUUCAUAUCCGUUAUGAAAUUUAAACCAUCAACAUGGAAAACAGCACAUCCAUUCGUUGUUGCUGAUCGUAUGGAAGAUCUUACUGAACCUGAAUUAAUUCGAACUAAUCCAUUAUGUAGUCGUACUGUUUGCUUGUAUGGAUAUGUUCGUGGAUGUCCAAUUAAAUCAGAUACACCAAUUCAUAUUCCAGGGUGUGGAGAUUAUAAAUUAAGUAAUAUAUCGGCAUUACCUGAUCCAUGUGGAUUACCUGGUGAUCGAUCAACAAAAACAAAACAAGCUCGGCGUGUUUUAAAUGAAAAAGAAAGACUUUUAUAUGCACCUUUUUCUGGUGUCGGAGGAAUUGUUUAUGAUAAGGAUGCCGUUUAUAUUGAGUUGGGCGGUUCACAUUCACAUCGACCUUCAAAUAAUAACGAGAAGACAAGACCAAUUAAUGAAUAUGUGGCUAAUAUCUUAUCAACUAAACAAACUAUUGAAGAAAAAGUAGCAUCAAGUCAACUCAAAUUAUUUGCUGAUAGUGAACCAAUCGUAGUUGAAGAAGAACAAGAAAUGGAACGAAGAAAAAUGAAGUUUGCAAAAGAAGAAGAUGUUGAUAAUGAUGACUCUUCUGACGACGAUGAUGUACAAGAAGCAAAUAGCGAUGAAGGCGACGAGGUUGAUGAUGACCAAGAAGAGGACGACGCAGAAGAUAUGGACGAGCAAGAGGAAGAAGAAGAACAUAGCGAUGAAGAACCUGAACAAGAAGAGUUCGGAAAUUCAUGGAAAGAAAAUAUUUCAAAGAAAUUCGCUAUUAGUUAUGUUCCUAGUAAAAAUAUCAAUUGGACACAACUAGUCUAUGGUGAUCAUCUUAAUAAAACAAAUGAAAAUUCUGAUUUGGAAGAAAAUGAUUCAGAUAAUGAAAAUGUAGAAGUUGGUGGAUUAUUUCAUGUAUCUCAACGAAAAAGAAUCAAUGCCAAUGAUCAAGAAGAUUAUACAUUGAAAACUAAGAAUGAAAAACAUAAUUGGGAUCUUGAUGAAAUUUAUGAUUUAAUUCGUGAUUGUUUUGUAACCGGAAAAUGGGAAAAAGAUAAAGAUGCAGCGAAUCUACUUGCCGAAGAUGAUGCGAUAGGAGACGACGACGACGAUGAUGAUGAAUUAUUUGGGGAUUUCGAGGAUUUAGAAACAGGCGAAAAGAAUACAGCAGAAGAAAAUGAGCAAAUGGAUACCGAUAAUGAUGAAGACGAUAAUAAGGAAAAAACAAAACUUGAAACUAAAAAAGCAAAUUUAAAAUCUGCAUUUGAUGCUGAAUAUGAUCAAUCAAAAGAUCCUGAUUCAGGAUAUUUAGAUGAACUUAAAAAAGAAGUGGAAAUACAAACAAAAUUAAAUCGAUCUGAAUUUGAAAAUAUGCCUGAUGAUCUUCGCGUUUUGUAUGAAGGUUACCGUCCUGGAAUGUAUGUUCGUUGCGAAUUAACACAAAUUCCAUGUGAAUUUGUUAAUAAUUUUGAUGCACGCUACGUAAUUGUUCUUGGAGGAAUGCCUGUAACUGAAUCUCAUACAGGAUAUGUUCAAGUUCGUUUAAAAAAACAUCGAUGGCAUAAAAAAAUAUUAAAAAGCAAAGAUCCAUUAAUUAUUUCACUUGGUUGGAGACGUUUUCAAACAAUUCCAUAUUAUUUUAUGCAAGAUCAUAAUAUGAGACAUCGACUUCUAAAAUAUACACCACAGCAUAUGUAUUGCCAUGCUUUAUUUUAUGGACCUAUAACACCACAAAAUACAGGUUUUGUUGCUGUUCAACAAACAGCAGGAAAAACUGAUUUUCGAGUAACAGCAACAGGUGUUGUACUUGAUUUAGAUAAGUCAACAAAAAUUGUUAAAAAAUUAAAAUUAAUUGGUACACCAUUUAAAAUUUUUAAAAAGACAGCAUUUAUUAAAGGAAUGUUUAAUACAUCAUUGGAAGUUGCUAAAUUUCAAGGUGCAUCUAUUCGAACUGUAAGUGGUAUUCGUGGACAAAUUAAAAAAUUUGUUAAAGAACAUCCAGGUGGCUUUCGUGCCACAUUUGAAGAUAAAAUUCUUCUCAGUGAUAUUGUUUUUCUCCGAGCAUGGCUCCCAUUGCAAGUACCAAAAUUUUAUACACCUGUUACUAAUUUGUUAAUGUCAAUGGAACAAAAAGAUCAAUGGCAAGGACUUCGAUCUCUUGGUCAACUUAAACGCGAUAAGAAUAUUCGUAAUGAACCAAAUGCUGAUUCUCUAUAUAAACCAAUUGAAAGAAGAGAACGUGCAUUUCGUCCACUAAAAAUUCCAACUCAACUUCAACGUGAUUUACCAUUUCAUCUUAAACCUAAAGCAGCUGAAUCUACGACAAUGAAAGAUCCAAUAGAAGAAAAACAACGGGUUGCUGUUGUUCUAGAACCGGAAGAGAAAAAAAUGGCUGAUAUAAUGAAAAUGUUUACAACAGUGUAUAAGGAUCGAUUAAAAGCGAAACAAAAAACUCAAGUAAAUCGCAAUAGUCAACAUCAAAAACAACAAAAGAUUCAAGAACUGAAACAUUUACAAAAGCAUAAACAAUUAAAACGAAUGGUUUAUAAAAAAAUUGGUCAAAUGGAAUCAAGAAAAAAUAAGACAACUGGUCGUCACGGAAAACAUAAUAAUAACGAUAGUAUUGAUGAAUAG